AUGGAAAAUCGAACAAGAUUAAUAAUGAUUGAAAUGUGGUUGAUUAAUUUUUUAACAAUUCUUGAUCUAGUUAUUAAUGCGAUUUAUGAAGCAGAUACUUAUUUUAUGGAUAAAAAGGGAAUUAUUAGGUGAGUAUUUGGAAAAGCGCGAUCCAAAUAUGCUUUUUAGAUCGGAGAUCAAUUGGUUAGUUGAAGAAGCUGAGAAUUUCCGAGGUUUAUAUCUAGAAAUUGCAAUAUUUCUUCAUAUUUCUCGAGAAAUAAUUCACAAAAAAUAUUCUGAUCUACCAACUUAUCCAAAUAUUGUUAUAUUCAUUGCGCAAUUAUAUUUUAGCUAUUGUUUUGGACAAACAUUUAGAAAUUGUAAUAGUAUAUUAUAAAGUUAAAAAAAAAUGGAAACGCGAAAAAAAUUAUUUUGAAAAAAAUUAUAUACCGUAGUUCUUUCCCCUCUCGUUUAUUUUUGCCGCGACGAGACACACAUCAGUCAAAAAUCGAUGCGCCUUUAAUUCACAACGGAAAAGAGGCGUUUUUGAUGUGUUUUGUAGGCUAUUACUGGUCAAAACGAGGAAUUCAACAUGAAAUAAAAUGAGAAAAGUGAAUUAGAACUAAUUUAGAGAUGAGUUUCCUCGAUUUUCGUAAUUUAUUACCGAAAAAUAGGUUUUUCCUCAAUAAAACACUUGAAACUCGUUUUUUAUAGUGUUUCUUGGUUUAAACAGGGUUAGACCAUCACCAUUCUUCGAUUUGUUAUCAAUUUGUUUGAUUUCUGUCUUUUUUCAUGUAGAAACAUCGAAAAUCGCGAAAAUCAGGAAAUAAAAAAGAAAAAACACCGUAGUUUUCGAAAGGCGCAGCUGAAACACACACAUGGUCUCGCCGCGACGAAAAUAAACGAGAGGAGGAAAGAACUACGGUAUAUAUUUUUUUUCAAAAUAAUUUUUUUCGCGUUUCCAUUUUUUUUUAACUUUAUAAUAGCUCCUUUAAAAACUGUUGAACAACAUAAAGAUCGAUAUCUUUUACAUUCAAUUUUAUUAGUCUACUUUAUAAUUUCUAUUAAAUAUUUUGGCUUGAAAUUCUAUCCGAAUUCGUUUAUUAUCCCGAUUUCGUUCACAUUUUUUAUUCGAUCAUUUUUUGAGAAAGUUAAGAUUUAUUAUUUGAAUUUUGGAUGUCAAACUAAUACAUUUUUGUAUUUUAUGUUUCUUCCAAUUUAUGCUUCAUAUUCUGAAAUUGUUUUUCGAAAAUUAUUCAAGAGAUUUAAGUAUUUUGCGAAAAUUGUGCAGGAAUAAGAUGAAAAAAUAAAUAUUUUUAUACAGAAAAUCGACUGUUUCAAAAAUGUGUGAUUGAAAAAUGGAAGUACAAAAAUUUAAUAAAAACCUUGUACUAAAAUUUACUGUUUCAAAGAAUAUUUAUCAGAAAUUUGCAGAUUUUUUUAUUUGCUAUCAAUUUGGGAAACAUACUCAAAUAAUAUUUGAUUUGAGUUCCGAAAACGGUAGACGAAUAUGUAAAAUUGAAAUAAAUUUUCAAAAAAAAAGUCACUGUUUCAAAAUUAGCUGAACCAGAAAAUGAGCAUUGAAAAAAUAGUUUGGAAAAAAUAUUUCUUGUUGAAAAUUUUACUGUUUCAAAAUAUUUUUAUGAGAAAAUUUUGAUUUUUUUUUUGAUUGAUCUUCUUAUUGGAUUUGUUGGAAAAUUUUUAGUUCAGAAAAAAAAAUAAAAAAUUCACUGUUUCAAAAUUUUCUAUUAGAAAAUUUUUUUCAAAAAUUCAAUUUUUCCCGAAACGUGACCCAUUUUCCUCGUAUUUUUUCCCAGCCCCAAAAAAUCCCCGUCAUUUUUGAAUAAAAUAAAAAAAGAAAGUGUCUAAAUUAUUUCAAUGAGUUAUAAGAACAGAGGGUAAGAGAGAGAGAGUACUGUAGCUCCCUUUUAAAGAAAAAAAAAUUUGCAGAGAAUUUAUAACACGUUGCACACCAGUUCCAUCGUGUGAAAGUACAUUGCUGGAAAAAUGAGGCAAAUCGAAAAAUUGUGAUAAUUUCUUCCGAAAAAGAAGCUGAAAGUGGUUCGGAAAACGAUCUAACUCUCUCCUCAAAUUGCUGCCUAGACUCUAGUCUCUAUUUUCAAUAUUGCAUCCCGAUUCACAUAUUUUUUAUGCAACGUCGAAUCGGAUCGACAGAAAUGACAUCGGAUGAGAAAUUACGUUUGCCGCUCAAAUAUAUGAUCAGAAAAGUGGGAACGAAAAUCAAAAAUCGAUUCUCGUUCUAUGUUUUUGCGUCGAUUUUUGAGAUUCGUUGGAAUCGCGCCAAAAAUGCGAUGAUGAAGAAGGCGCGCGAUUCGAAUAAUAUUUUUCGAAAACUUUUGGCGCCUAAUUCAGGUUGGUAUACUGUACCUUGAAAAUUUAUGAUCUACAUACAAAAUUUUUGGAAUUAGCUACAGUACCUCAGAUUUUUAUUCCAAAAAAUUGAUCUAUAAAUUACAUAUAAGAAACCAUUCAUUUUUUUAAAUUCAGAAGAUUUCAAAGUCAAAAUUUCUGAUCUGAUUUAUGUAACAAAACCUUUACUGAAUACGUUUCACUUCUUGCAUUUCUAAUAUUUACAUGAUGAUAAUGAUUUUCCAUCAAUAACUUCGAUUAUAAUCAAAAACAAUUCCAUAAAUUUGAAUAACAUUAAAAUGAUCAGAAUUUCAAAUUUCUUCUUCCAAAAAUUGAUAAUUUAUCAGAUUUUCCACCAAUUUCAGUUCAAAAUUCCUCACCUUUCUUUAGACUUUCUCAAAAAAAAAUUAUUAUGAAUCGAUAAAAUUUUUUGAGAGUUCUCAAGAUUUAUUCCUGAAUGUAUUCGAGAUGAUUUGAUGUGUUUCGAAAUUUUGGUGGAAUUUUCAGAGUUUAUUUACUGUUUCAAAUGUUCAUUUAGAAAUGUUUCCUUUUUUGUCAUCAGAAAUUCACUGUUUCAAUAAUAUAUGAAUUUUGGGCAUUUUUUUUCGAAAAAUCUAGGUGGGCAAAAAUUUUAAGGCGAGCCCUAGGUGGGCAAAAAUUUUUAGGGUCUUUAAGGCGAGCCUUAGGUGGGCAAAAUUUUUUAGGGUCUUCAAGGCGAGCCUUAGGUGGGCAAAAAUUUUUAGGGUCUUUAAGGCGAGCCUUAGGUGGGCAAAAUUUUUUAGGGUCUUCAAGGCGAGCCUUAGGCGGGCAAAAUUUUUAGGGUCUUCAAGGCGAGCCUUAGGCGGGCAAAAUUUUUUAGGGUCUUCAAGGCGAGCCUUAGGCGGGCAAAAUUUUUUAGGGUCUUCAAGGCGAGCCUUAGGCGGGCAAAAUUUUUUAGGGUCUUCAAGGCGAGCCUUAGGCGGGCAAAAUUUUUUAGGGUCUUCAAGGCGAGCCUUAGGCGGGCAAAAUUUUUUAGGGUCUUCAAGGCGAGCCUUAGGCGGGCAAAAUUUUUUAGGGUCUUCAAGGCGAGCCUUAGGCGGGCAAAAUUUUUUUUACUAGGUGGGCAAUUUUUGAAAAUAAACCCAGGUGGGCAAUUUUUUACCCACUACUCCAGGUUCUUGGGUGAGGUUUGGAUUUUUUCUAAAUGCUUUUGGAACUUGAAAUCAAUUGUGUUUUUUACAUUCAGAGUUCAGAUUUUCUCACUGUUUCAAAAAAUUUGUAUUUGAAAACAAAAAAGGAUUGGAAUCGAUAAUUGAGCGUAUCUUCCUGAGAACCUAACUUUUCUAAAAUAUCAAUUUGUCGUAUUUUUCAAGAAAUUUCCACUGUUUCAAAAUUUUGAUGAAAACAAGUUUCAAUGUAGAAAAUUAAUCGAAUAUAAUCGUUUUAUUUUUCGAAAAAAAAAAUUCCAAAUUUUUUUUAUUGAAUGGUCCUAGAAAAAUUCGAAAUUUUCUACUGUUUCAAAAAAUUUUCCCGAUUUGAAAAUUACCAAAAAAAUUUAAUAAAUUUCGAAUAAAUUAUGAAAUUAAUUUUCUACUGUUUCAAAAACAUUUCUGAUUCUAAAAUUCAAUGAUCAACUUAGUCAAUCAGAGAAAUUAUGGAAAAAAUCGAUUUUCAAUUAAUUAAAAAAUGUACUGUUUCAAAUCCAAUAUUUAGCCAAUAUUUUCUACAAUUUUUGUUCGAAUGCAAAAAUUCAUAAACAAAAUAAUUUGCUGUUUCAAAAAAAUCAUAAGAAAAUUGCAAUUCAAUUUUUUAAUUGCUUUGUAAUAAUUCACUGUUUCAAUAAUCAUUUGAAAAGAAAUAACAAUUUUUGAACGUUUGGAUUUCAAAAAAAUUUCACUGUUUCAAAAAUUUUUCAUAUGAGAAUUCUAGUUUUUUACUUAUUCUUUGCAAAUUUAUUUCAGGUGAAAAAUUGAAAAUAAAUUCUGCAGAAACUAUUCCACUUUUGUGAUCUACAAUCAAUUUUUUUUCACUGUUUCAAAACUUAUGUAUAGAAAAAUGAUAUAAUUUGAAAUUAAUUAAUUCUGUUUUCAUAAACAUUCAAAAUUGUAAUUUCAUCUCUCACUGAUUCUUGCGAGUUAAAAAAGUAUAGAAGAAAUCAUUCAUUUUUUGUCAUUCAGAAUAUUUCAGGACCAAAAUUUCUGUUCUGAUGUUUGUAACAAAACCUUUACUGAAUACGUUUCUGUUUUUCUGUACAUUUCGAAUAUUUACAUGAUGAUAAUUAUUUUCCAUCAAUAACUUCAAUUAUAAUCAUUAUUGGCUUUCUCCAAAAAAAAUUAUCAUAAAUUUGAAUAACAUUAAAAUGGUCAAAAUUUCAAAUUUCUUCUUUUAAAAAAUUGAUAAUUUAUCAGAUUUUCCACUAAUUUCAGUUCAAAAUUCCACACUUUUCUCUAGAAUUUCUUGAAAAAAAAUUAUUAUAAAUCGAUAAAAUUUUUUGAGAGUUCUCAAGAUUUAUUCCUGAAUGUUAUCGAGAUGAUUUGAUGUGUUUCGAAAUUUUAGAGGAAUUUUCUGAGUUUAUUUACUGUUUCAAAUUUUCCUUCAGAAAUCUUUCCUUUUUGUUCAUCAGAAAUUCACUGUUUCAAAAAAAGAAUUGAAUUUUUCACACGAAUUGAUGUAAAAUAAUUCGAUCAAUGUAGUAGUUAUUGAUGGGAAAAUCUCGAAAUGUACAUUUUUUCAUUUUAUUCCUGGUUUCCACCGCAAAGAAUUUAUCGAUUGAAUUGCAUUUGACAUACUUUUUUUCAUUUUUCACGUAUUUUUGAUUCAAUAAUAACAAAACCUUUACUGAAUACGUUUCUGUUUUUACAUUUCUAAUAUCUCAGAAAAUAUUCCGAAGAUUUUUUCGAAAUGCUUUUUGAAAUCAAUUAAUUUUGCUCUUUACAUUCAGAGUUCAGAUUUUCUCGCUGUUUCAAAAAAUUUGUAUUUGAAAACAAAAAAGGAUUGAAAUCGAUAAUUGAGCGUCCUGAGAACCUAACUUUUCUAAAAUAUCAAUUUGUCGCAUUUUUCAAGAAAUUUCCACUGUUUCAAAAUUUUGAUGAAAACAAGUUUCAAUGUAGAAAAUUAAUCGAAUAUAAUCGUUUUAUUUAUUUUUAAAUAAAUUUCGAAUAAAAAUGUUUUUCUAUGAAAUUAAUUUUCACUGUUUCAAAAACUUUUCAAGUACAUUUCUGAUUUUAAAUUCAAUGAUCCAUUCAUUAUAAUGGAGUUUCUAAUAAUUUACGCCAAAAAUUUACUGUUUCAAAGUUUUGUUAAUAAUUCUUGAUUUUUAACUUAAUCCAAUGUUUGGCCCAUUCUCUCCUUAGUUUUUUCAAAUGCAAAAAUUUAUCAUCAAAAUAAUUUGCUGUUUCAAAAAAAUCAUAAGAAAAUUGAAAUUCAAUUUUUUUAUUGCUUUGUAAUAAUUCACUGUUUCAAUAAUCACUUGAAAAGAAAUAACUAUUUUUGAACGUUUGGAUUUCAGAAAAAAAUUCACUGUUUCAAGAAUUUGUCAUGUUCUUUCCAAAUUUUCCUAUUUAAAGUGAAAAAUUGUUGAAAAUUUUUUGUGAUCAAAAAAUCAAUUGUUUUUCCAGAAACGGUGUUCCAAUUUUCAAAGGCGGUUUGAGUGACAUCGAAGAAGAAUCCGAACUUUUAUAUGAUGAAUAUGUGGUUUAUGACAGUGAGAAGUUUCGAAUCAAAUAUGUUGUUGAAUUGGAAACAAAUAAAUUGACACCACAAGAAAUGAUGAAUUUGAUGAUUUAA